AGCGGCUCAAUCGGAGUUAAUUCUCUGCUACACUGAUGACUCUCAUUUCCUUUCGGGGCUGUGUGUUUGUGUCGGAGAGGGGAGUGUGUGUGAAUGGCAUAGGGACAGGGGCUGGGGGAGAUCUCACAGGAGGGAGGCAGCUGGUUUACACCUUGCAGCCUUUUGCUGAUUCAGUCCUGCCCCCUUUGCUUCUUCCUUUAGGCAAGUUUUGAGCCGACUGGGAGGAAAAUGGUUCGCAUUCUGGCCAAUGGAGACAUUGUACAAGAUGAUGACCCUCGCGUUCGGAAGCAGCCUGAGCGGAGAGAGAAUCUGAACAGACCCCGGCAGGGUUUCAUCCAUAACUCCGAGAAUACAAACCAUCUUUAUCAGGGACAAGCCAAUCAGGGCCACUCACUGUUUACGGAUAUGAAUCAACGCUUGAUUAACAUGGGAUUUCCACGAUGGAAUCUGGGAAAUCAAGUUAUUGAGCCAAUAAUGUCCGUCUUUCUGAUCCUGUUGCUGAUGAUGUUUGGAAUGCGUGGCCUUCUCCUGAUUGGUGGCCUGUACCUCUUUUCACGAUUUACUCAGUGAUAACCCCACUUGUUGCUGAGUUUUCUAUCGAACCCUGUACAAGUCUUCAUGAUUUUUUUCUUUUUCCACCUGCUCGAAAAGCUGGUGAACAAAAAAUAUUUACGGUUGCGAACCUAAGAAGGGAAAGUGAUUGUCGACUGCUCCGUUGCCUGGAACAUUUGCACCUUUUUCCCGUUGGAUCAUCAUCAAACGGUGUUUCGUAAAAGUGGACUUUGGGACAAAAAAAAAUCAUUCCUCUCGUUGAUUGCUUUACGAGCAACUUUACUUUUGAACUUUUGAGUGCUGAUUAGCCGGGUUUGUUCAAGUUAGUCAGUCAGGAAAUUAUAAGCUGGGACCACAGUGGUCAUGGUGUUAUCAUGAUGUGAAAGCCCACCUGGUUCGCUAAUAUUCUUUAGGGAAGGAAAUUUGCUUUCCUUACCUGGCCUGGCAUACAGGUCAUUCUCGUCCCACCUGACUGUGUUGGCAUUUGACUAUUGUGUUGAAUUAUCCCAUAUUUUGACAGACUCGCAAAGAAGCUCUUAGAUUCUGUAUCUAAUUACAGAAUUCGAAUUUUGUAAAAGUCCCCUGUUCCCACCUGAGCUCCUGAAACAAGCUUGAAUUUUGAGCUUUGUUUUGCAUGUUUCCAGCUUUGUGGAUUCAGCUGAGUGUUGUACAAACCGAGCGUGUGAUGCAGAAACUCAGCAAUGUCCUCUGGAGGCCGCCUCUGUGUGGUUGGAUUGGAAAUGUUGGUUUCACACCCGAUGCAGCGUAUCCAUCUCCUCAUCGUUCCCAACAUCCAGCGUUCGUGGCAAGUUUCAUAACAGAAUAUUCAAAAUCUAGCUGAGGAAAAUCUCCAAUAAAAUUCAUUGAAAUGGUUCAGGGAAAUGGGUGGCACACUGUUAGUAUGGUUCAGGGAAAUGGGUGGCACACUGUUAGUAUGGUUCAGGGUAAUGGGUGGUACAGUGUUAGUAUGGUUCAGGGUAAUGGGUGGUACUGUGUUAGUAUGUUUCAGGGUAAUGGGUGGUACAGUGUUAGUAUGGUUCAGGGUAAUGGGUGGUACUGUGUUAGUAUGGUUCUGGGUACUGGGUGGUACUGUGUUAGUAUGGUUCAGGGUAGUGGGUUGUACACUUAUUAUGGUUCUGGGUAAUGGGUGGUACUGUGUUAGUAUGGUUCAGGGUAGUGGGUAGUACACUUAUUAUGGUUCUGGGUAAUGGGUGGUACUGUGUUAGUGUGGUUCUGGGUAGUGGAUGGUACUGUGUUAGUAUGGUUCAGGGUAGUGGGUGGUACUGUGUUAGUAUGGUUCUGGGUAGUGGGUGGUACUGUGUUAGUAUGGUUCUGGGUAGUGGGUGGUACACUGUUAGUAUGGUUCUGGGUAGUGGGUGGUACUGUGUUAGUAUGGUUCUGGGUAGUGGGUGGUACUGUGUUAGUAUGGUUCUGGGUAAUGGGUGGUACUGUGUUAGUAUGGUUCUGGGUAAUGGGUGGUACUGUGUUAGUAUGGUUCAGGGUAGUGGGUUGUACACUUAUUAUGUUUCUGGGUAAUGGGUGGUGCUGUGUUAGUAUGGUUCAGGGUAGUGGGUGGUACACUUAUUAUGGUUCUGGGUAAUGGGUGGUACUGUGUUAGUGUGGUUCUGGGUAGUGGGUGGUACUGUGUUAGUAUGGUUCAGGGUAGUGGGUGGUACACUGUUAGUAUGGUUCUGGGUAGUGGGUGGUACUGUGUUAGUAUGGUUCUGGGUAGUGGGUGAUACUGUGUUAGUAUGGUUCUGGGUAAUGGGUGAUACUGUGUUAGUAUGGUUCUGGGUAGUGGGUGGUACUGUGUUAGUAUGGUUCUGGGUAAUGGGUGGUACUGUGUUAGUAUGGUUCUGGGUAAUGGGUGGUACUGUGUUAGUAUGGUUCUGGGUAGUGGGUGGUACUGUGUUAGUAUGGUUCUGGGUGGUGGGUGGUACUGUGUUAGAGCGUCAUUCCUUUAUAUCUCAUCCUUAAGCUUGCAUCAAACUCAGACUCUGAUGGAACAAAGUUCACUUUUCUCUCAGUGAAAGGAUGAUUAGUUCCAAGGAAUUAACCACAUAAAAAGUCACCCAUUGCACCUGCGGUCAAGUUCAAUUGAAACUACCUCUAAUCUCAUCCCCCUGCCCUUUCUCCAUAUACCUCCCUUUAAUUUUCUUGGUAACUUUCGAGGUAUAAUUUCCCUACACCCUCCAUCCCCCUAUCCAUGCCUUUGUUGAUAUCCCAGUCCUAUUCCGAAUAUAGACCUUGAUGAUUGAUCCCAAAAGUCCCCAGAAUCCUGCUGUCUUCAGUGAGAUCACCAUCUUCCCAGUUUCUGGAGCUGCAGAGAAUCACACCUGAUACCUCCAGCUCAGUCCCGGCUGUGAGCUGACACUUUGAUCACGUUGUAAGUGAAGUGAUGGACCCGGCACAGAGUGUCGGAACGCUGCCCAGCAAUUGCUGAACAUUUUUUGGGAGGUCCCAAUGACUGAAUGGCUGAGGGUAGAAUGUGGACUGUUCCUUGUUCCCCAAUAUCAUGACAGAGCAAGUUCAAAACUCAGCUACCCAGCCUCAUCGACCAAAGUGCAAAAGCUGGUGCAGCAUCAUUGUGACACUGCAUUGUCAUGACACUGUGCAUCGUUGCGACACUGUGCAUCGUUGCGACACUGUUCAUCGUUGCGACACUGUGCAUCGUCGUGACACUGUGCAUCAUCAAGACACUGUGCAUCGUCACGACACUGUGCAUCGUAGUGACACUGCAUUGUCGUGACACUGCAUUGUCGUGACAUUGCAUCGUCAUGACACUGUGCAUCGUAGUGACACUGCAUUUUCGUGACAUUGCAUCGUCAUGACACUGUGCAUCGUAGUGACACUGCAUUUUCGUGACAUUGCAUCGUCAUGACACUGUGCAUCGUAGUGACACUGCAUCGUCACGACACUGCGCAUCGUAGUGACACUGCAUCGUCAUGACACUGUGCAUCGUCACGACACUGUGCAUCGUCACGACACUGUGCAUCGUCACGACACUGUGCAUCGUAGUGACACUGUGCAUCGUAGUGACACCAUCAUCACGACACUGUGCAUCGUAGUGACACUGUGCAUCGUCACGACACUGUGUAUCGUAGUGACACUGCAUCGUCGUGACAAUGCAUCGUUGCGACACUGUGCAUCGUUGUGAUACUGUGCAUCGUAGUGACACUGCAUCGUCGCGACACUGUGCAUCGUAGUGACACUGCAUCGUCACGACACUGUGCAUUGUAGUGAUACUGCAUCGUCGCGACACUGCAUCGUCACGACACUGCAUCAUUGCGACACUGUGCAUCGUAGCGACACUGCAUCGUCAUGACACUGUGCAUCGUAGUAAUACUGCAUCGUCGCGACACUGCAUCGUCACGACACUGUGCAUCGUAGCGACACUGUGCAUCGUCACAACACUGUGCAUCGUCGCGACACUGUGCAUCGUCACGACACUGUGCAUCGUAGUGACACUGUGCAUCGUAGUGACACCAUCAUCACGACACUGUGCAUCGUAGUGACACUGUGCAUCGUAGUGACACUGCAUCGUCGUGACAAUGCAUCGUUGCGACACUGUGCAUCGUUGUGAUACUGUGCAUCGUAGUGACACUGCAUCGUCGCGACACUGUGCAUCGUAGUGACACUGCAUCGUCACGACACUGUGCAUUGUAGUGAUACUGCAUCGUCGCGACACUGCAUCGUCACGACACUGCAUCAUUGCGACACUGUGCAUCGUAGCGACACUGCAUCGUCAUGACACUGUGCAUCGUAGUAAUACUGCAUCGUCGCGACACUGCAUCGUCGUGACACUGUGCAUCGCCGUGACACUGUGCAUCAUCGUGACACUGCAUCAUCGUGACACUGUGCAUCGUCAUGACACUGCAUCGUCAUGACACUGUGCAUCGCCGUGACACUGCAUCGUCAUGACACUGUGCCUUGUCGUGACACUGUGCAUCGUCAUGUCGCUGUGCCUUGUCAUGACACUGUGCCUUGUCGUGACACUGUGCCUUGUCGUGACGCUGUGCCUUGUCGUGACGCUGUGCCUUGUCGUGACGCUGUACAUCAUCAUGACACUGUGCCUUGUCGUGACACUGUGCAUCAUCAUGACACUGUGCAUCGUCAUGACACUGUGCCUUGUCGUGACACUGUGCAUCGUCGUGAGACUGUGCCUUGUUGUGACACUUGGCAUCGUCAUGACACUGUGCAUCGAUGUGACACUACAUUGUCACGACGCUGUGCAUCGAUGUGACACUGCAUCAUCGCGGCACUGUGUAUCAUCAUGUGCCUUUGGGUAUCAGCAGGCUGUACAGUUUCUGAAUGGUGGCAGGUUAUCAGUCUGCCUUCUUCCUGCAGUGUGAAGGUCCCAGAGGCUUUCCUUCAUGACCAUUGCCAUCUGUGCUCUUGGCCAUAUGGCGCCAGUGAGAGUGGACCCAGUCGAGGGCCUGAAUGAGGAUUGUGUAAUCCUCACAUAGUUCAUUAGUACAUUCGUCAAAUUGGACCUUGCUUCAAUGGUGAUGGUGUUUAUUUGUUUCAUGAAACAUCUACCCCUUUCAGUCACCUCUGAAAUAACAGAUGCCCUAGAAUGUUAUGAGGAUAUUGUUGUGAAUCUACUGCCCCAUAUUGAUGGAGUGAUCCUGAGACUUAACAUGAGCUGGAAAUCUUUACAAACAACUGUUUCCAAAUAAUAGAAGACAAUGGAAAAAUCUUUUUCCUCUCAGCAAUUUAUAGAUUAUAAACAAUGGAUGGUGUGUAUCUAAUUUUAAAAGUUAUUUUCCAGAAGAUGUGACAUCCGAUAUCUCGACUGUUUCUUCUCAAUGAGUACAGUGUGUUUUAGGUUUUGCUUUUUGAAAAACUUCACAGGAGCUCUUGAAAAAUAGACCUUUUGUUAAAAAUGGGUAGAAGUUGGAGAAAGAAUUAAUAAUUGAAUAAAAGUCUGUACAGGU